AUGGAAAGCCUCGCCACUGCCGCACAAGGCUCGAGGCCCCAAGAACCACAACACACCUGGUGGCUUACAGUCUACUGCUACUGUACUGCUGUUGAGGCUGCGUGCUACGCUACACUGCCCGGCUACGGCGGUCGUGGUACCGAUAGGAUCUCUGCGCUGGCCGGGCUCGUUUGGUGGAGCAGGCCAGACAGACAGCGAUGCUACACGGAAGCAUUGGGGUGCAUGGCAUGGCUCGCGGGAAAAAGGGACUGGACAGCAAGACAGCCUGGACACAUGUACAGGUACCUCAGCAUCUACUGGUACACGACGUCAAUUGUUGCAUUUCAUGUCGAGUGCCGUGGCCUGCAGCUGCGCUCCACGCGGCGUGCGUGCCAGCAGAGGUCCAUCAUGGGCCUUACUGGACGAGUAGAUACGCCGUUAUGUAGGGAGGGAGCAUGCUCGCUGACGAUGAAUUGCGUCGGUGGUCUGGUGAGAAAAUGCUCGGACACUAGCCGCGUGUUCGCGAUGCGGUCUGAGUCCCCAUCCAUCGCAGGCACGAGUACUGUACAGAACGCACUGCGCACACGCUGGGGCCGCUGUACGCUGACUCCCUUGUCGCUCAGAGCCCGCUCAGAGCCCGCUCAGCUCCAGCGCACCCCUACCGUGAGCGCGUCCAGUCCACAAGUGGCUCCACCUCCUCAUGUCAUCCAUUUGGAACAGAGAGAGAAAAAGAAGUUCUGCUACCGAGUGGCUACCGAGUGGAUCAACUGGAUCAACCCACACACUCCUGAGCUGCUCAACACACUGACGUGCCACGGCCAGCCGCCGGCGGAUCUGGCCAUCUGGGGCUCUUCCCAGCUCUUGCUAGCUCUGCCUAGCAUCCUUGCUCGGCCCCUUGCUUUGCUCAGCGACGGAACGCGAUGCGUGUGGGCUCCAACCCCAGAGGCCCAGAAGCCCCGAGGCCCGGCAGGAGGGCGGCAAGCAGAAACGAAGCCAGCGCCAUGGCCGCCUAGCAUUGCUAGCCAGAAUCCCGCACGAGAUUGGCUCCAAGUAGGUUGGCCCAAGGUGACCCCGAUGGCUAGUGCUCUCGUCUCGCUCUGGCCUGGCCUGGCCUGGACUGGAGUGGCAUCCGAUGAAAUCUCGCGGGCUAAUGCGAAGCAACUGGCCGCGGCGCAUUCCCAUUUCUGCCCUCCCCCAUCCCCUCCUCUACCCUCUACGGCUUAA